GCUCGUUAUACGUCACUACUGUGUGGACCUGCUUGGCAGUGCCGUCACAUGCGCAACAGAAAUUCAGUCACGUUUGCUAUUGCGCGCGUUGCUUUCGCCCUGCAGCUGCAUCAGCAAUCAGCCACGGGAGCCUAAAAAGAUAAACUAGUGUCCGAUUAGCAGCCGCCUAAUUCAGAUAUGAUGCAUCGGCUUAAUUAUCUACUGCCGGCCAAAAUAUAUAUAGCACACACAUGACACACAGCAGCAGCAGGGCCUUCUGCAAGCAACAAGCAAAAAGCAAGCCGCAACCGCUCUCCAUAUCUUCUUCUUCUUCUUCUUCUUCUUCUUCUUCUUCUUCUUCUUCUUCUUUUAUCUCAUCGCUCUCAUCUUCGAUUCUUAUAUAUCUCGUUUCUAUCUUUAUAUAUCUCUGCCUGCCUCCGUGAUGCUGCUGGCAUCUAUAUAUCAUUCCUUUGUUGAUCUUGAUACUUUAGCUUGUUGUUGAUAGAUUAUUCCGUCGUCAAACCAUUGUUCGUUGUUCAUCCUUGUUUAUUUAUUUCGUCGUCGCUAGCUACAAGCUACUACUAGCCGCCGAUCAAUCUCGCCGCCGCUAGCUACUGGCCGCCGAUCAAUCUCGUCACCGCCGUGCACCAUCUUCCUUCCAUCUCUUGUUAUAGACGGCGGCAGCCGUCGUCGUGUUUGCUAUAAGAAUUGUGCAACACGCACUCCAAGCAAAGAACGAGGCCGAUCGAGGUGAGCAUCAUAUAUAUCCCAACAAGAACAAAGAGUGGAAGAGAGAGUGAGCGAUCGAGCAGAGGUCGUCGUCGUCGUCGUACGCAGCUAGUCGGCGGCGGAUCGGAGGGGCAGGACGAUGGAAGGCGCGGGCGCGGGGUGGCCGGAGCCGGUGGUGCGGGUGCAGUCGCUGUCGGAGAGCGGCGUGGCGACCAUCCCGGACUGCUACGUGAAGCCAGAGUCGGAGCGCCCGGCGGCGGCGGCGUUGACGACGACGACCGAGGAUGGCGGGGGCAUCCCCGUGGUGGACCUGUCGUCGCCGAGCGACCCGGCGACGGCGCGGGCGGUGUCGGAGGCGUGCCGCGACUGGGGCUUCUUCCAGGCGGUGAACCACGGCGUGCCCGCGGAGCUCCUCCGGCGCGCGCGCGGCGUGUGGCGCGGCUUCUUCCGGCAGCCCAUGGAGGUGAAGCAGCGGUACGCCAACUCGCCGGCCACGUACGAAGGGUACGGCAGCCGGCUGGGCGUUGAGAAGGGCGCCGUCCUCGACUGGGGCGACUACUACUUCCUCCACGUCCGCCCGCCCCACCUCUUCGACCCUCACAAGUGGCCGCACCUGCCCCCUGACCUCAGGGAGACGACGGAGGAGUACAGCCGGGAGGUGGCGGCGCUGGGCGGGCGGCUGAUGACGGCGAUGUCGGUGGGCCUGGGCGUCGGGGAGACGAGGCUGCAGGAGGCGUUCGGCGGCGCGGACGGCGCCGGGGUGUGCGUGCGCGUCAACUACUACCCGCGGUGCCCGCAGCCGGAGCUCACGCUGGGACUGUCCUCUCACUCCGACCCCGGCGGCAUGACCGUGCUCCUCGCCGACGACCGCGUCCGGGGCCUCCAGGUCCGCCGCCGCGGCGCCUGGGUCACCGUCGACCCCGUGCCCGACGCCUUCAUCGUCAACGUCGGCGACCAAAUCCAGGUGCUGACGAACGCGACGUACCGGAGCGUGGAGCACCGGGUGAUGGUGAACGCCGCCGACGAGCGGCUGUCGGUGGCGCUCUUCUACAACCCCAAGAGCGACCUCCCGCUGGCGCCCAUGCCGGAACUCGUCUCGCCGGACCGCCCAGCGCUCUACAAACCCAUGACCUUCGACGAGUACCGCAUGUACAUCCGCCGCAAGGGACCCCGGGGAAAGAGCCAGGUCGACUCCCUCAAGGCCACCGCCGGCGGCGGCGUAAAUGCUAGUACUAGCUAGCUAGCCAGCCGAGAUGAUCGCUUGCACUGUGUGUGUAUGCGCGCAUACAUGCAUGCUGCAUGCCGGCCUAAAUAAAACCAUAGAUUAAUUAGUUUAUUAGUCUACCAGGAGCUCUCUAGCUAGAGUGCUCGUUGGACUCUCUUCACAGAUCUGAUGAUCAUUUUCGACAUCCAUGAUCCUCGUCAAGUCAAGUAUUAACUGUGUGCUAGCUGUUCCUUGUC